GCGGGCUCUGAUGCGACCGCAAGGCAGUCAGCGUAGUCUUCCUCUUGGCACCAUCAGAGGCAACUGCGUCUCUACAGCCGAGAGAACGUAACAAUAAAUAAACAGAGUUGGCCAUGUGCACGCGAUCAGGCUCAGCUCGCUAGAUGUUUCUUGGUCGGUGUUAUUGUUGUGAAAGAGACUUUAAGUGAUGUGUUGGUGAUGGAUUCGGAUUAGUAAAAAAUUAUUUUUGAUUGUGCACGAGAAGGACCUAAAAAAUGCAAACCAAAAACAUUAAUGUAGACCGAGCACCGCAAAACAACCUUGAGGAUGUCUUAUAUGAGAAGAGGCUGCCGAACCAAGGUACCCACGGUGCUGGUGGGGGAGGAGCGGGAGGGGGUCCAGCGCCGCCCCUGCCGCCGCGGACUGCGAUUAUCUUCAGCCCCCUGCCUCCGCAGCCCAAGCCGCAAGUUGAGGUGGAUGGUUAUGGGCCUUACAAGCCGGUGCCGCCGCCAAAACCACUACCGCAGCAACAGGGUCAGUCAGCCGCCCCACAGCAAGUGUCACUAACGCCGCCUCCUUACAGGAUGCCCCCGUAUCCGCUGUACAACGAGCCAAGCAUUCCUGGUGCCGCCGCCGGUUUGGAAGCCCCCAUCUCUAGCUCCAGCCCCGCCACCCCUCAGGGCCUGCACACGCAUUCCAGCAAAUUUCCCAUCGAACGGGAAGUGAUUCUAUCGAGCACCGAUAAAAACUCGAAAAUACCCAUUCUGCACGACUACAAGAAACGCACCAAGGCCGCCAUCGCACCGGACGCGCCGCCCAAACAAAUGGCCGCCUGGACGCAGGGACAAAUGCAAAGCCACCAGAUCAUGCCGGACGAGACUCACUCUGGUUUGAUACAGACGAUACAGCAAAGCGCGGACUCCAACGCGCCCAUAUUCAGAGCCACGUAUCAUCCACCGCAAGAGUAUUAUAAUGGGCAGUCCACAGGGGCUGUACCAAGGUCAUCGUGGUAUGAUCCAAGUAAACCUGCACCAAGAGGUGUUAACGAGGAGUUUAGCAAUAAUAAUACUCAAUCAGUAACGGUGCAAAUAGAAACAAACUCGAAAGACAAGGAUCAGAAGAAAUCGAUGACGAAAACAUACCACACCAUCAAAGACAUGAUUUCGAGUAAAUUCAAGAGCAAUAAUAAGGAGAACGACGAUAAAAUAGAGGAAGCGGGCUUGAAUAACGUCACGGAAGAGUUGAGAAAGAGUCAGGGAAAUCUUGUUGAGGACGAUAAAAAACCUGAACAAUCGCAGUACAACAAGCAGAACAUGACGAUGCAGCACCAAUACAACCAGCACUUCAUCCAGCAGCACAUGCUGGCUCAGCAAGCGCAGCAACAGUACCAGCAAAGUCAGAUCAAAACUCAGUAUCAACUUUCGCAGGCGCGGUCGCAGGAGAUUCUGACCCCGAGGCAGGACGAAGUGUACUAUCAAGGUUACGGGGGUCAAGCUCCGCAGAGGAGAUUUCCUCCCGCUGGAAACUACCAGAUGCAGAGCCCAGUGCAGGCGAAAGACGAGAGAAGACAGCCCAUUUCUCCGGGUAGAAGCGCUCAGCAGGUGGAGAGAGAUACUCAGCGCCAAAUGAGCUUCGAAGCUAGACGGACAGCUUCGCAGCCGCAGCUGGCGUUCGAGGACGAAAAACCCGAGGUGCACGACCACAGACCGCAACCGCAGGCGGCCGCGUCGUCCAACCAGGGGGGGCGCAGGGGGUCGCACGGGAAUAUAAUGGAGGGCGGUAGGAAUGACCACAACGAGAAGGACAGCGACGAUGGGGGGUUUUUGAAGAGGACAGAGAGUGACGUCACUGAGACUCUGCAAGGUACGCCGAGGAAGAAGUUGGAGGGUGAGAUUGGGAAGAUCGAGGGGGUUUACAACGUUGCGCACAGAAUCAAGGGUGAAGACGACGGGAGGAUAUCGAAGAAAAAUAAUCCUAGUUCCGCCACCAGCUCUGAUUACGAUAAAACUGGCGGGCAAUCGUCUUCGAAUGUGGAUUCUGGGAGGGGUUCGGCUGCUUACAGUAGCGGUAGAAGACCUGGGGUCGAUCUUAACGAGCAAAUAGAGAACCACAACCAUUUAACCAACUUCAGAGAUCACCAUGUGAAUAACCACGACACAGAAUGGGUAGACAUCGUCGAAAAUGAGCUCAGACACAUUCUCGAACCAAAACUGCACGAGCUCUCCUUACACGGUAAUGGAGGUAUGGCGAAUUCCACUAUAAGCGAGAGCAUUUCCUCCAUGACUCCUCCAUUGCCUCCUCUAUCGCCUGGGGAACAAUCCUCCCCCAAUAUGACGCCAAGAAACUCCAAUAGAUAUAAACAUAGCAGUUUACCGUAUGGUAGUAAACCUGACUAUGACGGGUACAAAUCUAAAAACCACACCAGGGAUUUGGUGGCGCGAUGGAACGGUUCUUCCAAUAAGCACAGGUCCAAUAAAAAGGUCGAUCACAGUGCUAUUUUGAGGAGCAAACAAAUAUUCGGUCUGGACACAACCGAUUUGACAUCGACCACGACGAGGUCUCUAGAUUUGGAGUCCAUGUUGGACGGCCAAAGCGAUUCGGACGGCGAUUUGAGCACGCAAGACGCCAGAACCAUAAGGAAGCAACUGGAAGGCCUGGAAAGCAUGUAUUCCGAGGUCCUGAAGCUUCUGGGCGUCAAAAAGCAAACCGGAAGGUACCAACCGUCGGAUCCGAGAUUCUCGAAGCGCAGAUACGGCAGCAUGUCGUCGUUACCGUCGAGCUCGGUGAGCAGCAGGCCCAUAAGGGACAAGAGGAGGGCCGGCGAGGACAGGAAGAAAGUCCGCGACAUAAGAGGGAUAAAUAAGCGGUUUCAACGGCUCGAAUCGCACGUGGUGACCUUGGCUCGCUCGGUGGCGCACCUCUCGUCCGAGAUGAGGACGCAGCAUUUGAUGAUGCAGGAAAUGGAGAACAUCAGGGGCGAGAUUUCGGCCCUCAGGACGCAGACCAACAUCUUAAACGUCCGAUCGCAGUCCAGCAGAGCUGUCAACAGCUCCAAGGAUCUUCCGACGCUGGCCAAUCCCGCCAGGGUCAAGAAGUUGACGAAGUUUUUUGGAGAUGAGCCGCCACUACUUAGGCUGUUCUUAAGAAAAUUAGGAUAUGAGAAAUACGCGAAUCUCUUCGAGAACGAGCGUAUCGGGAUGGUGGAGCUACCUUACUUGAGCGAGGAAAGGCUCCAAAAAAUGGGACUUCCCCUGGGCCCAAGGCUCAGGAUCAUGAACGAAGCCCAAAUUUCGGUUUGCAAGGACAACACCCUGUGCAUAGUUUGAUUUUUUUAAGACUGCAUGUACAGCCGCGGACCAAGGUAAUGCACUUUUGGUUGUGCAAACCUAACUCCGCGGCUCUAUAGUACACUUGUAUGGCGGCUCUAUUUAAAAAUAAUUCGGUGUAUUUUUUAUGCGUAUUUAUUACUUUUUAGUGGUAUAUUAUGUUUGGAAGUAUUAUUAAUUGUAAAUAAUCAUUUAUUUUUUGUAUAUAAAUGUUUCUUUAAGAUAUGAUAUUAAUAUAUUUUUGCCAAUAAUGCCAAAGAUUUGUUUCUUUGUAAUGUCCUAGCAUAUUUUUACUGUAUGUAUUUAGGUUUUUUAUAUUUAAUAAAUUUAUUUAAUAGGAA